CAGCAGAAACCACCCAUUAGGACGCGGUAAAGCUCUCAGUUGGCAAACAUCGACUUGCUCAAAGGCACAUGGCAGUUGCCGAGGGAGACGAGAGCGUCGUCCACUUUCCCCGCCCCGUCCAACCGACUAAUACCUCAGCGCCCCUCUGUCUCUGCCCCUCUUAGAAACGGCCUACGUGUCCCUCGCGUCUAGGAUCUGUCUAGGAACUUACAGUAACCGAUCCGAUGCGCAAUACAAACACGCAUCCACACCGGGCAAGUGCGACGAUGCGCAAUUACGCACGACAGUGGUGGGAUUAGGCGGCCGCUGUUUCGCCCCAUCUGGCCGCCCAGAGUUCGGUGUCAUCUCUAUUUCCAGCGACACUAUCUCUCUAUGCAGGACGUCACAGCUGACACGUCCUCUGACCUGUAACUCUGAAGUUUAGCGCCAGUUCUCUAUGUGCAAAAGACAGAAUGGGAUGCUCCACGAGUUCCCAAACUACAGCGGUGGACACGACCCGACCGAGCGUAAAACCAGAGGAGAGCAACGGGACCAGCACUACAGGCGCAGCCAAUGAGAACGGCAAAGUAGCCGACGACAGUGAAACCAUCCCAGACCAGACGCCUGCAGAAGGGGAGGUUGCAGCAGCGGCUGUGCCUGUGCCUGUUCCUGCAGAAGCCUUAAGGGCCGCGCCCCCACCGGCAGCAGAGGCCCAAGCGGCUGCAGCCGAUACGGCGGCGGAGGCGGAGGCGGUGGCAGCACCAGAGGAGGCCCAGGCGGCUGCGGCCGAAAAGCCGACGGAGGCGGCAGCAGCAGAGGAGCUGCAGCCAGCAGCAGAAAACACUGCUGAAAACAAGGCGAGCUCCCCAGAGCCAGCAGCCGAGGCCCCUGAUCAAGGUGCGGAGGCCACAGCCGCCCAGUCCGAGCCCCAGACAGAGGAGUCACCAGCUCCCGGUCAGUGAGGCGAUACCGACACGGAUGACUAAACAGAGGGAUUCUGCGGCGUGUCCUCCUUUGUUUAUGUGUAUGUGUGCUAUGAGUCAGUGUGCGUGUCUGUGUGCGUGUUUGAGAAAGACGUUGCUUCGUUGCCAAGAUGCAGACCCUGUGAUAAACCCUUUUCACUCAGGGUCCCUCAGUCGACAACACUGUGCCUCCUUGCUAUGAUGGUGUAUGGCUGGGACUGCUGCUUGCAUAAAGCUUUAUGAAUAGCAAGACUUCCUGAACCACUCGAUUCGGCGCGUUUACUUAAUGAGGAUAUAAUUGUUAGGGAUUUUAGCAAGUGAAUGUUACUUAAAUUUCCUCCAUUUCUCAUCAUCUGAACAGAGAUUAUAGUUUGUACUUUUUUCUUCUUUUUUUUUUUUGCAAGGCAUUUCCCACAAUAAAGCAGAAAUCUGGCUCCAAUCCA